CAAAAACUGAGAAAAUGGCGGCAGCUUUGCCUCACGUUUUGUCUGCAGAACUACAGAAGCGAGUAAAUGAGUGCAAACUAUUGGUUGUUGGAGCCGGUGGUAUUGGAUGUGAACUUUUGAAGAAUCUUGUUCUGACUGGAUUCAAAAACAUUGAAGUUAUUGAUCUGGAUACCAUCGAUGUCAGUAAUCUCAACAGACAGUUCCUGUUCAGGAAAGAACACGUUGGUAAAUCGAAAUCCCAGGUUGCGAAGAACAGUGCUUUAUCAUUCAACCCAGAAACCAAUAUAGUAGCUUACCAUGACAGUAUAACAAGCUCAGAUUAUGGAACAAAUUUCUUUAGAAACUUCGACAUUGUUAUGAAUGCUUUAGACAACAGAGCUGCAAGGAAUCAUGUAAAUCGGAUGUGUCUGGCUGCUGACAUCCCCCUGGUGGAGAGUGGAACAGCAGGGUAUCUUGGCCAGGUCACUGUCAUCAAAAAGAGUCUAACCGAGUGCUAUGAGUGUCAGCCCAAAGCCAGACAGAAAACAUUUCCAGGGUGCACCAUCCGCAACACUCCCUCAGAACCCAUUCACUGUAUUGUGUGGUCUAAACACUUAUUCAAUCAGCUGUUUGGUGAGGAGGACCCCGACCAAGAUGUCUCCCCUGACACAGAGGACCCUGAGUUGGCAGGUGAUGCAGGAGAAAGUGCAAUGAAAGAGAAAUCCAGUUCUGAUGCAGUUGAAGCUGUGGAGAGAAAGUCUACUCGUGCUUGGGCCAUGGAGUCGGGCCACGACCCCAAAAAACUCUUCAAUAAGCUGUUUAGAGAUGACAUUAAGUACCUGUUGUCAAUGGAGACACUGUGGAAGAAGCGGAAGCCCCCAAUACCUCUGGACUGGGAAAAUCUACCUGACACAGAGGUGGGUACAGAAGAGGCAGGUAUCCGGGACCAGAGGCUGUGGGCCAUCAAGGAAUGUUGCUCUGUCUUCUCCAACUGUCUCAAUGGCCUGAAGGAUGAGCUCUCCAAACAGGGAGAAGGGGGCAUGCUUGUCUGGGACAAGGAUGAUAUGCUGGCCAUGGAUUUUGUCACCUGUACAGCCAACAUCAGGGCCUAUAUAUUUGGGAUUGCACAGAAGACGAGAUUUGAUAUCAAAUCGAUGGCCGGCAACAUCAUUCCUGCAAUAGCCACAACAAAUGCUGUGAUAGCAGGCUUAAUAGUAAUGGAGGGACUUAAGAUUCUCAACGGAGAUAUAGAGAAAUGUAAAACUGUUUACCUGAACAGACAGCCCAACCCCAGGAAGAAGUUACUUGUGCCGUGUACUCUGGACAAACCCAACCCAAAAUGUUAUGUAUGUGUGGCCAAACCUGAGGCGACAGUCGUGUGUAAUACAGACAAGAUUACCAUUAGGACCCUAGAAGAUAAGAUAUUAAAGGUGGCGUUAGGUAUGGUAGCCCCUGAUGUAGAGAUAGACGACGGAAAAGGAACGAUUCUGAUAUCUAGUGAAGAGGGAGAAACAGAAGGAAAUGCUGAUAAGAUCCUGAGUGGCUUUGGUAUAAACGAUGGUAGCCGGCUGAAGUGUGAUGACUUCCUACAGAACUACUCCCUUGUUCUCAAUGUGGCCCACAGGGAGAAGUUAGAUGAAGACAAAGAGUUUGAAUUGGUGGGAGACAUGUCUGAACUACAGGCCAAAGAGGAGGAAGAGACAGAGAAGAAGAGAGAGGAGAACAAAGACGACAACCAGUCAAAGACUAAUGAUGUGAGUGAUGAUGAAGACCUGAUGGUGGUGGACGAGCCCGAGGAAGUGAUCUGCCAGCCAGUGGUCAGUAGAAAGAGAAAGGCUGAGGACGAACUGACCAGCUCAGACACGCCCAAAAAAGUGAAAGUAUCCGAUGUUCAGGAGGAGGAGGAUAUUGUGGUUUUGUGAAGAAAACUUUCUCCUUAAAUCUCCAGAACAAUAAGAAAAGAAAAUGAGAGGCAGCAGAACAAAAUAGGUGUAAAUGGACGUCCCUGUGAUUGGUUGUGGUCAAUAGAGACUUCUAGGGAUCUAGUAAUAUCAGGGGCAAUCGAGAGUUGAUCGAUAACCAGGACGAAUAAUUGUUAAACACUUUAUUGUAUGUCCAACAAUUUUACAUUCUGUAUUAUUGGAUUACAAUUCCAUAGAUAAAAACAUGUUUCUUUUGUGCAUCGUAAAACUAUAUACCGAAAUAUUGUAACUUGAAAUUAACAAAAAUAAAUUAUCAUAAAGAUCUGCUGAAGAAAAAAAUGGUGAUAAUUGAAAUUGGUCUGCACAUAAUUGAUGUGUUAAGUAUUAAAAUAUUCCAAAGUACUAGAUAGAUGUAUAAAACAACGAAUACUGGUGUAAUGUAUAUUGUUCUGUUUUUGGUCCUCCUUCAGAUUAGUCUUAUGAAGGUCGAGGUCUAGUCUCUGAACCUGCCAUAGUUUGAAUUUUCCAUUUAUGGAGGACAGAUUGUUAUUUACCUUUUAUAAAUGUAUCAUCCUUUGAAAGUCCUGGGCCUGUAUUCAUGAAGCCGUUCUCAUGCUCGAGCAUGGAUUUU